CGCAGGUUUUAUCGAUACCACUGAAGAGGGUCGACUCACAGUCAGCAGAUAGGUUAACAAGCUUGCAAAGACGAUUCUUCCAGGCCGGCGUGACAGAUAUCGUAGGAGCAGCAUACUUGGCAGAAAUUACUGUCGGAACGGGAACCACGAGGCAAGCCGUCGAAGUUCUCCUGGACACCGGAUCGUAUGAGCUAUGGUUCAAUCCGAACUGCGCAAAAUCCAACGUGCCGGAAUUCUGCAAGGAAUUGGGUCGAUACGACAUGACUCUGUCACCCACAGCAGUUGACUUGACCACUUCGUUCGAGAUUCAGUACGGCAUAGGAAGCGUCGAAGGCUACUAUGUCAGCGAUGACCUCUUCAUAUCUGGUGCUCAAAUCCAAGACCAGCAAUUUGGAGUGGUCACUGAUUCAGAAAGGGUCUGGUUCAGUAUCAUGGGACUUGGUUUUGGCAGGAAGAACGCUGGUUCACCAGGACAUCUCGGGUACGACUCAUUAAUCGACAACCUGUACGACCAGAACUACACCAACAGCAGACUUUUCGGCCUCGAACUUGGUGCUCAAGGGUCGCCGCAGAUUGCAGUUACAGGGCAAAUUGUGUUUGGAGGACUGGACACCAACAAGUUCUCUGGGAAGCUCGGCAAAGUCGAAGUUGAUAUUGCAGACCCACAUUACAGAGUAAAUCUGUCAUCCGUCUCUCAUCGCGCGCCUACGUCUUUGGCAUCGACCAUCAUUACUUCCUCCCCAUUGAGCGUUGUAAUGGACAGUGGCACGACCCUCUCCAUUUUCCCGCGGGAUAUUGUUGAGUUAUUCGCCUCCCACUUUCCAGGCGCUGUAUAUGAUGGAGACGGCGGCUAUCGAGUCCCGUGUUGCCACCAGUCACUGCCGGGUAGCCUGGACUUCACAUUCGGCGACGUGAGCAUAUCAGUGCCUUACUCCGAGUUCAUUUGGAAUGCUGGUUUCUACAACGACCAGGAACAUUGCCAACUCGGUGUGCAAUGGGACACAACACCUGAUACCAACAAGAACAACAACUUCAUUAUUCUUGGCGAUACCUUCAUGCGAGCUACAUACAUGGUAUUCGACCAGGACAAUGAUGCAUUGUAUAUGAGCAAUUAUGUUAAAUGUGGAGAUAGCUCUCUCGUAGCCGUUAAGAACGGCUUUGAUGGCGCAGCAAAUAUUCAAGGCAGCUGUCAACCGUUCCAACCGUCUACAACUGCUAAUGUAGGCACAUGCACUGGUGUUGCUGCAACACGGGUUACAUCAACACCCACAGGAGCAAAAUUUACGGGUGACCCGAACCCCGUUGGACUUGUUUCCGUGAGCUCUUCCAUGACAUCGUCACGAGAAUCAACCAUAACCAGCAGUUGCAUGGCAAACUUCACGAACGAUGGGAAUAGUGUCUCAACAACGGCUCCUUUCCUUCCUGGAGGAUAUGUUUCGGCAAGUAUGACAUCUCUGGGCACUCUUACCUCCACAGCCACGACUCAAACACCCACUGCAACAGUUACCGGUCUUGAUGAUACUCCCAUCAUCUUGGGAGUCAUCGCCGCCCGCGGUGCUGCCCAAAACGCAACUACUGGGCUGUCUCUGCCACUUAGCAGUCGCUCGAGCGCUAAAAAGCGCCAGACUGAUGGUGGUUUUAUUGGCGGCGCCGGCCCCGUCAAUCCAUCUUCCUGCAGCAGUGCCUCUAAUUUCAGGCUUACGAACGGUCAACUCAUCAGUGGCGGGCAGAUCGUCAAUACUGAGCCCGGCAUUGCCUUCAUGCCUCUUCGUGUAUCGCCCUAUGGUAGUAUAAAUAACACUUUCGUGGUUGUUGGCAAUGCCCUCCACUGGUUCAACGACGCGUUCUCUGGGGGUGAGGCGGGUUUCUGCCAGAUGAGCGACGAACAGGUGGUGGUCACUUUUGCCGAGAUUGGCGUACCCGCAGAUUGUGUUCCUGUCUCUCUGGCGAUAUACCAGGAAUACCAAUGCAAAGAUGGCAAGCUUGAGCUACCAGCUUCUUCUGCGACUCCUAGCUCUACAAUUACAACAACAGUCACAACGGCUAGUGAAGAUGAUCAGUUCUCACUCGCCCCUGUCGUCACGACCAUAAACACCAUUACGAGCACGAUUACUAGGUUUAUCACCUACACCAUCACAGCCUGUUCACCCUCCGUUCAGAAUUGCCCCAUGGGGCAGAUUGCCACGAACACCGAGGUCUACGUGACGACAAUUUGUCAUGAUGGUCCACAAGACCAGCCCACUCCUACACCAGCAAAAAGCACCGACGUCCCAGUGAAGGGCACAUCUGUCGAUGGAGGCGGUGCUGUUGCUGUGGUCGAAUAUAUCACCCUGACCGAGGAGUGUGAGAUGUCUACCUUCGCGGUACCGACCGCCUUGCCCGAUGAUACGAACUGUGUGCUUGGGCGUACCACGACGUGGGCGUCGACGAUAUACAGGACGACAGUCACCGCUUUCAAUGCUGUGGAAACUGACACGGGUGCAGGGGCUUUUUGGCCGGUGUUGUCAAAGGGCAUCGGUGUGCAGAUGGGACCUAGAUACAGUAUCUCCGCCGACAGUGACGCAGAUGUAUGUCCAAGUUGUCAGGCCCAGGCUGCUGCGACCACACAUAUGGCGGCUAUGGCGGCAGUGAAUUUAGUCCCUGUUCAGGCUGGUGCGAGUAGCCUCGAGGUGAGAAUUCUCUGCAUUGUGGUGGUUGGAAUGGUGGGGUUACUGCAUUUGAUGUUCUGAUUUAUGUUAUGAUCUAAGAGGCAACGCCGGGUCAUGAUUAUGGGGCCAUUAGUGACGAGACAUGCAAUCUUUUAGAGGAGGAUCAUCGUUAGGAGGAUACUACACCUUGGCAGCAUAUUUUGGCGAUGAGAUCAUAUAUAGAUAGCUAGG